GGCCUGGCUCCUCGGCGCCCAGGUGCUCCGGGACCUGGCGGGGCCGGCGAGUACCGUAGUGGAGGGGAGCGGGAGGAUCGGUAGGGCCUCCGGGGAGAGCCGGCGGCCGGGCCCCACGCCAGCGCGGUGGCAGGGGCGCCUGUGCAAGAAAAGGGUUUGUCGUCUAGACCGGGUGAAAGGGUACCUCACAGAAUGUGGUCUGUUUAUUCUCACUUCUCACGGGAUUAUGGGAACGUGUCCACAGGGUUUUUGGUGUUUCCAGAAACUAGGCGAUCUCCUCAUAACUGACUGAAAGGAUUUAGGGAGUUCCUGGGAAAGAAGUAAUGAUGUAAACCAUUCACUAUCCAGACUUUAAGGUCAAGGUGAGAAGGAAGGUCAGGAGGAAUAUGGCCUGGCCAAAUAUUUUUCAAAGAGGAACUUUGCUCUCCCAGUUCAGCCAUCAUCAUGUGGCAGUGUUCCUGCUCACCUUCUUCAGUUACUCGUUGCUCCACGCAUCAAGAAAAACAUUUAGCAAUGUCAAAGUCAGUAUCUCGAAGCAGUGGACCCCAAGUGCUUUUAACAAGUCAAUUGAACUGCCUGUAGAGAUCUGGAGCAGCAACCAUUUGUUUCCCAGUACAGAGGAAGCUACUCUUUUCCUCGGAACACUUGACACCAUCUUCCUCUUCUCCUAUGCUGUGGGCCUUUUCGUCAGUGGUAUCGUUGGGGAUCGGCUUAAUUUGCGAUGGGUUCUGUCUUUUGGCAUGUGCUCCUCUGCAUUAGUGGUGUUCGUCUUUGGCACUCUCACAGAAUGGCUGCAUUUCUACAACAAGGGGCUGUACUGCAGCCUGUGGAUCGUGAAUGGCCUGCUGCAGUCCACUGGUUGGCCCUGCGUCGUUGCUGUUAUGGGCAACUGGUUUGGGAAAGCUGGACGAGGAGUUGUUUUUGGUCUCUGGAGUGCCUGUGCCUCAGUGGGCAAUAUUUUGGGAGCAUGUCUAGCGUCUUCCGUUCUGCAGUAUGGUUAUGAGUAUGCCUUUCUGGUGACGGCGGCUGUGCAGUUUGCUGGUGGGAUCAUCAUCUUCUUUGGACUCUUGGUAUCACCCGAAGAAAUUGGUCUCCCAGGUAUUGAGGCCAAAGAAAAUUUUGAAGAAGACUCGCACAGGCCAUUAAUUAGUGGUGCUGAAAAUGAAGAUGAAGCUGAGCCUAAUUAUUCAAUCCAAGAAGACAAGACUAUUACCCAAGUCAAGGCGAUAAGCUUUUACCAGGCUUGUUGCCUUCCCGGAGUUAUAGCGUACUCACUGGCCUAUGCCUGCUUGAAGUUAGUGAAUUACUCCUUCUUCUUCUGGCUGCCCUUUUAUCUGAGUAAUAACUUCGGAUGGAAGGAGGCUGAAGCUGACAAGCUGUCCAUUUGGUACGAUGUUGGAGGAAUUAUAGGUGGAACUCUGCAAGGCUUCAUCUCUGAUGUGCUACAGAAGAGAGCCCCGGUGUUAGCUCUCAGUCUGCUUCUGGCCGUCGGGUCCCUCGUUGGAUAUAGUCGUUCUCCAAAUGAUAAGUCCAUCAAUGCGCUUCUGAUGGCUGUCACAGGAUUUUUUAUUGGUGGACCUUCUAAUAUGAUUAGCUCUGCUAUUUCUGCGGACCUGGGUCGUCAGGAGCUGAUCCAAGGGAGCAGUGAGGCUUUGGCAACCGUCACAGGAAUAGUUGAUGGAACCGGGAGCAUUGGAGCUGCGGUGGGCCAGAUUCUUCCUGUCUGAAAAGAAGCUAACACCUCAUAAGACAGAUUCUCCAGUCCCAGCCUGCCACCCCCUUCUUCCAGCCUGAACUUGGCACUCCAAGGAGGCCAUGAGACACAUGCUUCUCAUUACCCCACACCUGACAUGCAGGCCCUACCUCUCUCCCCCACCAGACACACACACACACGUACACACAUUCUUCCCAUGGAUCCCUGCCAGAAAUUGCCAUGGACUCUGCCGCUGCCCUGAGUCGCUUACUCUGCUUCCUACAACUGUGUCUCAAAAGGCGGUUCAUAAAUGUCUUCUGCCAGAAUCAUCUGGGGGUUCAUUAAAGUACUGAACACUAAGCUUACUGUAGACUUGCUGAGUGAGAGCCUGGGGACCUGUGCUUCAGCGAGCCUUCCUGGUGAUUCUUAGGCACUCUAUAAAGUCUGAGAUCUUCUGGGCUAAGAUCGGCCUACUCUGGGUAAUCAGAACUAUUCAAGUCGAUCUUUUCUGCUUACAUUCAGCUUCAGAAAGGCAUCCCUUCUCUGGGACAGUCAUGAGUCUUGCCUCUCCUAGGGUAUACUACUCUCGGCCACUGAGUGCUAAUUUUGCAAAACGUGGAUUUGAGAAUCAACUGCAUGGAUAAAAUGGUUGAAACCAUGGAAGUGAUGUGAUGUUUAAUGGGGAAAGAAAAUAUAGGCAGAACCUCAGAGGAUGCCCAAUGGUCACAGAAACAGGCAGCCAGAAUUUGAGGAGGUGUGUUACUCAGAUCAUAGAGGUAGAGAGGUCAGGAGAAAGAGAAUGGAAGGAAAAAGGCUUGUAGUUUUGACAUUGAGGUCAUUGCUGCUUAAUGGGGGUGGAUCAGUGGUAUCCGAUUGCUAGUGGUUAAUACAAGAGCAAAUACUGAGGGAGAUACACCAUCUUAAUGCUGGUCUCCACCCAACCAUAUAUUACACAUUUAUUUGUUAAUGUCUGUGUCUCCCACUGUAAGGUGAGCUUCACGAGGGCAGCAUUUUAUUUGUUUUGUGUUCUACUGUAGCCCUGGCACCAGGAACGGUGCCUGGCACACAGUAGGCAUUCAGAUAUUUGUGGAAUGAUUGUAGAAUGAAUGAUUUAUAGGAUCAGUGUGUUAGCAUAUUUGAUUCUGAGACUAAAGGAAAAACAAACUUAGCAAAGGUAGGAGAAAUUUGUUCUGGAGUGGGAACUAAAAAAAUGCUAUUGGCCACCUGUUCAGAUGUCUUCAUAAAGGGGUAGUGGGCAUCCUUUUCUGAAAUUACUGGAUUUUAAGUUUUCCUUCCCAACUAAUGUUUUAUUCAUUAAUCAAAUGGGUAGAUUGUAAUUAGCAUUUCAAGGAGUUUCUUUUCAUUUAGAAUGCCUGCCAGUGUUAAGAUCCCUAUCUGUGAACAUGGGUCAGCAUUAGAUUGACUUUCAUGGUUUGGGAAGCAAGAUCAGUAGUAAAGCAUAGCUAACUUUACUCGUUCCCCUGCCAUGUUGAUUUUUGAAUGAUUUCCUAUUGCUUGAGGUAUGAAAUCCCAAACUCCAUGACUUAAUAUGGACUUAAUAAAGCCCUUAGAAGGAAACAUAGGGACGACUCCUCUUGACAGAUAUAUACCAAUGGUCAGUAAGCACCUGAAAAGAUUCUCAGCAUCCUUAGGGAGAUGCAAAGCAAAAACAUGAGCUACCACUUGACACCUAAUUAGGAUGGCUGUAAUUAAAACAAAACAGAGUAACAAGUGUUGGUGAGGAUGUGGAGAAAUUCACAUACAGUGCUGGUGGAAAUGUAAAAUCGUGCAGGGGCUUCCCUGGUGGCACAGUGGUUGGGGGUCCGCCUGCCGAUGCGGGGGGCGCGGGUUCGUGCCCCAGUCUGGGAGGAUCCCGCGUGCCGCAGAGUGGCUGGGCCUGUGGGCCGUGGCCGCUGGGCCUGCGCAUCCGGAGCCUGUGCUCCGCAACGGGAGAGGCCACAUCAGUGAGAGGCCCGCGUACUGCAAAAAAAAAAACAAAAAAAAUCUAAAAUUGUGCAGCUACUGUAGAAAACACUAUGGUGGUUCCUCAAAAAGUUAAACAUAGAAUUACCAUAUGACCCAGCAAUUCCACUCCUAGGUAUGUUGUACCCCAAAGAAUUGAAAACGGAUUCAGAUAUUUGUUUGCGGAUGUUCACUGCAGCGUUAUUCAUAGUAGCCAGAAGGUGGAAACAACUCAAGUGUCCAUUGAUAGAUGAAUGGAUAAACAAAAUGUGGUAGAUCUAUGCAAUGGAAUAUUAUUUAGCCAUAAAAAGGAAUGGCGUUCUGAUACAUGCUGCAACAUGAAUGAACCUUAACAUUAUGCUAAGUGAAAUAAGCCAGACACAAAAAUAUUGUGUGAUUUUACUUAACAUGAAAUAUCUUGAAUGGCAAAUUCAUAGAGACAGAAAGCAGAUUAGAGUUUAUCAGGGCCUGAGGAGAGGGGCCAUGGAGAGUUCAUGCAGAGAGUUAACGGGUGCAGAGUUUCCUUUAGGGGUGAUGAAAAAUUUUGAAAAUAGGUAGUUGUGAUGGUUAUGCAACAUCAUGAAUGUAUUUGAUGCUGCUGAGCUGUACACUGAAAGAUGGUUAAAAUGGCAAGUUUUAUGUUACAUGUAUUUUUUU